AUGUCCCCUCUGCAGAGCUGCUCUCCCUGGGGAUUUGAUGUAGGGGAGAGAUGGAAAGGAAAUAUGAAGGUGCGAGGAGAGGAAGGGAAAGCGGGAGGAGAAAGAGAGAGCGGGAAUGCGGCGUGCCAAAGCUUCCCACCCACCGCUCGUGUCUGUAAUCUCUCGGGGAAGGGCUAUAUCAGGGAAAGAGCUGUUGUGUUAGGAGAAGUGCUGACAGCUUCGUCUCUUCUGCCCCCUACUGCAGAGGAAGUGUUGAUGGUUUCAAAGAGAGGGGGAGAGGAGCGGCGUGGAUGUCGGCUUUUCAAGUCUGUUUCUCAGCAGUGA